UUUUCCAGGAUCUGCCCAGCUGAGGUGAAGGGGAGGGCAGAGGAUCCCAGAUCAACCUGAGUGUGGAUGACCUGGCUCUGGAAUCAGGAACAUGAUCUGAAGAAGGCGCCGCACACCGAACCCCGACUUCCUCUCCUCCUCCUCCCUGUUUUUUUAUUUUUUAUUUCUAAAUCUACUGGGUCACAGCCUCCCUGCCGGGCUGCUAACACCAGCGUGCACUGAGAGGACGACCUGAGGAAGGAAAUUCAGCGACAGCCAUCCGUGACCUCUGACCUCGACACACUGCCAGAACCAUGGGGAGGAAAAAGAUCCAGAUCCAGAGGAUCACUGAUGAACGCAACAGACAGGUGACGUUCACCAAGAGGAAGUUUGGUCUGAUGAAGAAGGCGUACGAGCUGAGCGUGCUGUGCGACUGCGAGAUCGCCCUCAUCAUCUUCAACCACUCCAACAAGCUGUUCCAGUACGCCAGCACCGACAUGGACAAAGUUCUGCUCAAAUACACCGAGUACAACGAGCCGCACGAGAGCCGGACCAACGCCGACAUCAUCGAGACGUUGCGAAAGAAAGGCUUUAACGGCUGCAACAGCCCCGAGCCCGACGGAGACGACUCCAUCGACCAAAGCCCGCUAAACGAAGAAAAGUACCGCAAGACGGAGGACCUGGACAGCCCUCUUCAAGCGCUACGGCGUGAGUACCGUCACACUUUUAUCACUUUAUCUAACCUAUCUUCUCUUUCUCUAUCUACCUCUUCUUCUUCUUCCUCUCCCUCUUCCUCUUCUUCUUCUUGUGUUUGGGGAACGAAGGCUCUGAACAAGAAAGAGCACCGGGACUCUGAGAGCCCAGACCCCGAGGAGCCCUUCUCGCUCACCCCCCGCACUGAAGAAAUACAAAAAAAUUGACGAGGAGUUUGAUAA